UGAAUUUUCUUAACCACAUAUAAAACACUUAACAGAGUAGCAUUUUACAUUUUUGUCCAGCGUCAUGUGAGUAGACGAGAUUUAGAAAUAGACGUCCACCCCAACUUCACCAUCGAUUAUCAUCACGCACACGCACACUCUCUCUCUCUUUCUCCAUCUAUAUAUACACACUCCCCCAACUUCACCAUAUAUCACUCAUCUCAAAUUCUCUCUCUUUAUCCAACCUCAUGGCCGACGCCAACGGUGUCGCCGCCUUCGACCCUCCUCCGAAACCCAAAAGAAACAAGUAUGCUCUUGCUUGUUCUUUCUUGGCUUCCAUGACCUCCAUCUUACUCGGUUACGAUAUAGGAGUGAUGAGCGGCGCAAUACUCUACAUUCAGAAAGACCUUGAUAUAUCGGAUAACCAAAAACAGGUGGUAAUGGGCAUUCUCAACGUCUACUCGCUCCUGGGAUCCGCCGCCGCCGGCCGCACCUCCGACUGGAUCGGCCGCCGCUACACCAUUGUUUUCGCCGGGGCCAUCUUCUUUGUCGGCGCGCUGCUCAUGGGCUUCGCCACCACCUACGCCUUCCUCAUGGUUGGCCGCUUUGUCGCCGGCGUCGGCGUUGGCUACGCGCUCAUGAUAGCUCCCGUCUACACGGCCGAGGUUUCGCCGGCCGCCUCCCGCGGCUUCCUCACUUCUUUCCCCGAAGUCUUCAUCAAUUUUGGCAUUUUACUAGGGUAUGUUUCAAACUUCGGCUUCUCGAAACUCCCACAGAACUUAGGGUGGAGAUUCAUGCUGGGCGUGGGCGCGGUUCCUUCCGUCUUCAUCGCCUUAGGCGUCCUGGCCAUGCCGGAGUCGCCGCGGUGGCUCAUCAUGCAGGGCCGCCUCGGCGACGCCAAGGUGGUCCUCGACAAGACCUCCGACUCCCCCGAGGAAUCGAAGCUCCGCCUGGCGGACAUCAAGGAGGCCGCCGGGAUCCCCCAGGACUGCGACGACGACAUCGUGGCCGUCUCCAAGAAGAGCCACGGCGAGGGCGUGUGGCGCGACCUCCUCUUCCGGCCCACGCCGGCCGUGCGCCACAUCCUCAUAUGCGCCGUGGGGAUCCACUUCUUCCAGCAGGCCACCGGCAUCGACUCCGUGGUCCUCUACAGCCCGGAGAUAUUCAAGCGCGCGGGAAUCAAAGACGCCACGCACCAGCUACUCGCGACGAUGGCCGUCGGGUUCGUGAAGACGCUCUUCAUUUUAGUGGCAACGUUUCUGUUGGAUAAGAGCGGGCGGCGGGCCCUGCUUCUGUCGAGCGUGGCGGGGAUGAUCGUGUCUCUGGCGGGGCUGGCGAUCGGGCUGACGGUGAUCGAGCACGAGCAGUCGGGGCGGAGAUUGAUGUGGCCGAUCGCGCUGUGCUUGGCGUCGAUACUGUCGUACGUGGCGCUUUUCUCGAUCGGGAUGGGGCCCAUCACGUGGGUGUACAGCACGGAGAUUUUCCCGCUGAGGCUGAGGGCGCAGGGCUGCAGUAUGGGCGUGGCAGCGAAUCGGGUGACCAGUGGGGUGAUCUCAAUGUCGUUUUUGUCCCUCACAAAGGCCAUCAGCAUCGGAGGGGCCUUCUUUUUGUACGCCGGAGUUGCCGUAAUUGCCCUUGUCUUCUUUUACCUUUUAUACCCGGAGACGCAGGGGAGGACUCUUGAGGAGAUGGACACUUUGUUCGGGACUUUCUUCCGCUGGAGGGCCACGGCCAAGGCUAUAAAAGAAAACCAAAACAAGGCUACUAGCUGAGGCUAUUUUCGACAAAAGGAAUGGGAAUGGCUAACAAGUGAAACAUAAUUAAUGCUAAUAUGGGAAGAUAAAUUAAACAAGACUACAACAGCUUCAUAAUUGAAGUUCAAUGUGUUUAAGAGCUCAUUAAAAAAACUUGCCUUCAUUUUGUUGGGUUGCUUAAA